AUGGAUGUGGCAGUGAUUAAACAGGGUUGGGAUGAAGUGCCCACUCUCUUCUUCUCGGUGGGCAUCGGAGUGGUUGCGGGCGUUUGUAUGGUCUAUCGGGUCGCUCACACCCCUCCCGGCGGACACAUCACACGAUUCAAAGAGCGAUAUAUGGGUGAUCGAGACUUAGAUCGACUCAUGACUGGAAUAUCUCGAGAUUUGAUCGAAAAGUUUAUAAGCUUGACAUUAGUGUCGUACCAAAUGGGAGGCUCAAUGUUCCGCAGUAUGGGAUGCGGAACCGGUAGGAGUCCCACAAGUGUUCCGUGUUGUAAGAAUUUGAGGAUCUCGUUCUCGUCAGUGAUUCCUUUGUCAAUACACAUCUUCUCCACUUGUGGUACCAGAACCUGA